UCUUCAGCAAGUACUGCAACUCCAGUGACAUCAUGGACCUGUUUUGCAUCGCCACUGGCCUACCUAGAAACACAACCAUCUCCCUGCUGACCACAGACGACGCCAUGGUCUCCAUCGAUCCCACCAUGCCUGCAAAUUCAGAACGCACUCCCUACAAAGUGAGACCUGUGGCCAUCAAGCAACUCUCUGAGAGAGAAGAAUUAAUCCAGAGUGUGCUGGCCCAGGUUGCAGAGCAAUUUUCAAGAGCAUUUAAAAUCAACGAACUGAAAGCUGAAGUUGCAAAUCACUUGGCUGUGCUAGAGAAACGAGUGGAAUUGGAAGGAUUGAAAGUGGUGGAGAUUGAGAAAUGCAAGAGUGACAUUAAGAAGAUGCGGGAGGAGCUGGCAGCCAGAAGCAACCGGACCAACUGUCCCUGUAAGUACAGUUUUUUGGAUAACAACAAGAAGUUGACCCCUCAGCGUGAUGUCCCCACUUAUCCCAAGUACCUACUCUCUCCAGAGACCAUAGAAGCCUUACGGAAGCCAACCUUCGACGUCUGGCUUUGGGAGCCCAAUGAGAUGCUGAGCUGCUUGGAGCACAUGUACCAUGACCUCGGCCUGGUCAGAGACUUCAGCAUCAACCCCAUCACGCUCAAGAGGUGGCUGCUGUGUGUGCAUGACAACUACAGAAACAACCCUUUCCAUAACUUCCGGCACUGCUUCUGUGUGACCCAGAUGAUGUACAGCAUGGUCUGGCUCUGCAGUCUCCAGGAGAAGUUUUCCCAAAUGGAUAUCUUGGUCCUGAUGACAGCGGCCAUCUGCCACGAUCUGGAUCAUCCCGGAUACAACAACACGUACCAGAUCAAUGCCCGCACGGAACUGGCAGUUCGUUACAACGACAUCUCGCCACUGGAGAACCACCACUGCGCCGUGGCCUUCCAGAUCCUCACUCAGCCCGAGUGCAACAUCUUCUCCAACGUGCCUCCAGAUGGCUUCAAGCAGAUCCGACAGGGAAUUAUCACACUAAUCUUGGCCACUGACAUGGCAAGGCAUGCAGAAAUUAUGGAUUCUUUCAAAGAAAAAAUGGAGAGUUUUGACUACAGCAACGAGGAGCACAUGACCCUGCUGAAGAUGAUUUUGAUAAAAUGCUGUGAUAUUUCCAAUGAGGUCCGUCCGAUGGAAGUUGCAGAACCUUGGGUGGACUGUUUAUUAGAAGAAUAUUUUAUGCAGAGUGACCGCGAGAAGUCGGAAGGCCUUCCGGUGGCCCCAUUCAUGGACCGAGACAAAGUGACCAAAGCUACAGCCCAAAUCGGGUUCAUCAAGUUUGUCCUGAUCCCAAUGUUCGAAACAGUGACCAAGCUCUUCCCUGUGGUUGAGGAAAGCAUGCUGCAGCCCCUAUGGGAAUCUAGAGACCGUUACGAGGAGCUGAAGCGGACAGAUGAUGCCAUGAAAGAGUUGCAGAAGAAGACCGAAGGCUUGACAUCUGGGGACACCGAGAAAUCCAGAGAGAAAAGCAUAGAAGUAAAAAAUAGUGAAGCAGACUGUGUCUGAGAAAGCAGAGGCCACAACACAUGAGUCCUGUCCAGAAAGGAUGGCUGUGCUGUGGGGAAUCCCCCAUUCAGGAACAAGAUCUCUGGACACCGGAUACCACAAGACCACAUUUUCUAAGAACUGUUUUGUCCACUGAUAACAAAAAAAAGGAAUUCAUGAUGCUGUACAGAAUUUUUAUUUUUAAACUGUCUUUUAAAUAAUAUA